AUGCCUCCAUACCUUCCGCUCCUCUUCUCCUCCCUCCUGGGGGCAGCCUCAGCCCUCCCGUCCACCACUCAUGGCUCGUCCCUCGGGAGCAGGGAAAACAUCCUCCUCUUCGACGCUCCCGCGUACGAAACCUCUACAUGUCCCAUCCAGCACCUCUCCACCAUCCAGGCCUACACCUACACCAACGGCUCCGUCGACGAGGUCGUCGCCACUUUUAGUGCCUUCGCCGCAGCCAGUGGAAUUGACAUCGACGAGCAGGGGUACAAGAUCCUGCAGGAGCGCUCGAGGUGGUUUGCGACUACCCCUGUUGGAGGCAAGACGGUUGAGGUGCAGGUUGAUGGGUGUAGUCGGGGCUUCAGCGUGGGAAAGACUGCCCCCGCGCGCAAUGGCAGCGAUGAUGUGGGGAUGGCGGAGGGUCAGGGGAGCUUUGGGGCUUGUGAGCGUGGCCAUAUCGCCACUGGAAGAGCUGUCCUAGGAAAAUGGGACAAGAGGGCGUUUACGAAUACGGUGUACAAGUCUGGGAAGAAGGGGUGGGGUGUUAUUUCCGACAUCGACGACACAAUCAAAAUAACCGGAGGCGGCCUCGACGCCAUAAAAGCAACCUUGAUCGAAGAAGCCACCCCGGUCGCCGGAAUGCCCGCCCUGUAUUCCACCAUCACCGACCUCAUCGACCCAGCCUGGAUCUACCUCACCGGAUCCCCAUGGCAGUUGUACAGCAUGCUGCACGACUUCAUCCACACGGAGUUUAGCGCGUCGACUGGACCAAUCCUCAUGAAGAAUCUGACGUACACGGGCGUCGAGGGACUCCUCGAGUUCCUGGCUGCGGGGACGAGUCUCGAGUACAAGGCCGGUCGGAUCGAUGAUAUUCACGCGUGGUACCCCGGGAAGAUGUAUCUCGGUAUUGGGGACUCGAGUGGGUAUGAUCCGGAGGUGUAUGCCUAUGCGUACCGCCAGUACGGCCCCGAGUGGAUGAAGUGCAUUUGGAUCCACGUUGUUGAAGAAGGUAACAACACCGAUGCUCGCUGGGAGGAGGCCUUCAAGGGGAUUCCGGAAACGGCUUACUACCUCUACUCCGAUCCCGAGGAGCUGAACCCUGCUGCUCUGGCUGAGGGUGCCUGCUUCUAG